GCCAAGCCGAGUCGCGUUGGGCUAGGUCAGGUCUACCCGAGUGCCACACACACCGCGCUUCUCUUGCGUGUGCCAUCCCGCCGAGGAGAACCGCACGAAGGCGGAGGCGCAACCCCUUCGCGAGAAAGAGGGUCGCUCCGAGUGUUUCGUGGUGCUCGCGAGUGGGAUCGAAAGCGCGAUUUUCGCGAUACCGCGAACUGUCAGAAAUCGGCGUAGAGGAUCGUACGUUCGCCAAUUGUGCGUUCGCCGAGCGAAGCGAGAGCGGAGGAACCGACGCCGAUCGGUGCCGGAGUGUUAGAGUGCGAGAUCGUUCGAAAGCCGGUGACAGCGCGCGUCGUCGCCGGGUGACGCCGCGAAAGGGGAUGACGGAUCUACCGAGGAGGAUCUGCCCCGAUCAGCGGUGAAUUAGUCGCGAGUGAACUCACGCGCGUGUGUCGAGUCUCGAAAAGCCCGAAUCGAUCUGCUCUCGAUCCGCCACAAACAGAGGAGGAAGCAAGCGGUGAACACGAAGUGAGGGAGGACCAGAGUGCCGUGAAGGAGAUCUCGAUCGUCGAUUCGUACGACGACGAUUCGCUGGCGAGGGAGGUGCCGUCGUUGUUGACAAACAACGAGAGCGCGACUGAUUCAGGUGGAGGAACGUCAGAAGAUCAGGACGGGAUUCGAUCGCGAUUCCUUUUUCCCGAUGUCCUGAUAAUCGAUAGCCGUCGUCGUCGCGUAAGUGGUCGCGUAGGGUCCGCCUAGGUAGUCGGAGUGCCGCGGGCAGCGAUCGGCCUUACCGACGUUUAUUCCUUGCCCUCGUCCCUUCCGCGUGUGAGAUUCGUCGACGCGAUCAGAUCGGUCGAGAUAAAUGUUGAGGAUAAACGGCGCCCUGCGUCACCCGCUAGCGCGAGGAGGCCAGGAGGGUCAUCGGGCCCUGAGCGCGACCGGGCCCGGCGGGAUGCCGGUCUCCCUGAGGAACCACAGGAUCACAUAAAGAGCGACCGCCGGCCUGCAAGAACGGUUACGAGCCCUUCGCUUCCGCGCACGCACGGCCGCGCAAACGACGAAGGGAUCGGCGCAGAAAAGGGUGACCCUCGGGGUGAUCCGAGGGUGGUGAACCUAUCUGCGCCACCGCCGCGAGGAACAACGUGGAGUUUAUCCGGACGACGCGUUCGUCCGAUGCACCAGAAGCUCAAAGAAUGGAGGCCAGCGAGUGGGAUCACACGACCUUGAGGGAGGAGGAAUUCGAGCAGCAUGCCGUAUAUUUGGUACCGGAUGUGGCGGCAUCGUCGGCCGAUACCAAUCGUGCGGAGGCGUCCUUGCCGCGGAACCUGGUCCUCAAGCCCUCUCAAGCCCUCAACGAUGUACGUUCCUCCGCCAAAGAAUCCUAUCUCGAGACGCCUUCGGUGUUGGGCGUAUGGAGCACCAGUUACAUCCCCAAAGGGACACGUUUCGGCCCUCUGGUUGGCCAGGUGUACACGAAAGAUUUGGUACCGGCGGAUGCAAACCGGAAGUACUUCUGGCGGGUAUACAAGAACAACGAGCUGUUCUACUACAUCGACGGUUAUGACGUCCAGAAAUCGAAUUGGAUGCGUUACGUGAAUCCCGCCUACUCGUCCGAAUCGCAAAACCUAAUAGCAUGCCAGUGUAAGAUGAACAUUUAUUUUUACACGAUCAAGCCGAUACUACCGAAUCAAGAGUUAUUGGUUUGGUACUGUAAGGAGUUCGCGGAAAGGCUCAAUUAUCCGUUCACUGGCGAGCUGAUGCUUCAGAGGAUACGACAACAAGUACAACAAUCCGCGCUACCGACGGAAAUUCCGGCCACCGUCGAUCUGGUAACACCUUUGAAGGACUCAUCGAUCUACGAAAGGCGUUCCCAGAUGACACCGACGGACGGUUCCGUGAGGUCGGACGAAGGCUACCACUCGAACGGCUAUCAUGAUGAGAUCCUGACACCGCCCGAGGAGAGCAGUGAGUCCGACAGCGAGAACAACUACGUGCUGGACUUUAGCAAGAACGCCAAGUCGUCCGUGUGUAGCGAUGAGAUUCUGAAGCAGGACAAUGCCGCGACGAAGAAUGAGUAUCGGAAGGUGAAAAUUAAGAACUCCAAGACGUAUAGCAACUUCCAGACGGCGAAAACCAUGGACGGUUCGACGAAGGACAAGGACCAAGAAUUGUCUAGUAGAGCAGUCACGCCGGAACUCCAGAAGCCGGUGUCACCCAUCAUCUUGCAAAAGAGUACUGUGCUGUCGACCGUGAAUGAGGAUGAGAUACCCGAGAAGAACCCGAAGCCCUUCUAUGAGCCGGAGGUGAAGGGCGCCGGCCUGCCGAUGUCUGGCAGACCCGCCUAUCUCACCAAUCCCAGCAGUUCCAUCCUGGAGAAUAUUCUGCUGCGCAGCAAUACUGACAACAACAACAACAGCCACAAUCACCAUCAUCAUCAUCAUCACCACCUCCACAAUGGCUCGCAGCAGCAUCACCAGCACCAUCAACUGCAUCAUCCUCACGUGGACUCAGUAACCCCGCCACCCUCUAGCCCCACCGAAAUGGCGUACUCAUACAAGAAAUCUCAUCGUUACGGUAACAUUCUUCCGUGUAGCCCGGACUCCAGCUCGAAUCUGCCUUUGCAGACGGAUUCGUGUGUAAACUCGACCAGCGGCAACGGCGUUGCGUUGCCCAGCAUGCAGAGCCCCACCGGUAAUCUGCAUUCCAGCACGGGAGGAGGACUCCAUUCGAGUACCGGAGCGAGCAAUGGCAGUCUACCGCCACAUCCCGGUAGUUUGCAUUCAUCCAACAACACUACUGGUAACGGCGGUGGUGGUGGCGGUGUCAAUGGCGGUGGCAUUCAUUCCAGCACAAGCGUGCUCUCGUCCACUGCGAUGCUGACAUCCACCAGUAAUCCGCACUCGGCGUCCACGACGGCAAACGGUUGUCCACCCAGACGGAAGGUCAAGUCGCCGUCCCCUUCGUCAGAUCAGAACGGCGUUUCCACACCGCCGACGAUCCUUUACUCCGGCAGCUCGACCGGCAAUGGCUGCCAAAUUGAGUCUGCCAGUCCGAUCUACCCAAAUUCCGGAAGUGGCGGUGGUAACGGCGCCGGUAACGGCAACCAGAGCGUCUCGCCGAUCUCGCCCAUUCAAUCCCCCUCGACGUCCUACGGGCCGUACGGCCUAUACGGUCAUCAGAACGGCGCGUUGCAUCACAACGUAGGCGCGCCGUUGUCCAUCAACUGCACCGCCUACUCACCCACGCCGAGUGGCAACGUCAUCUACGAGAGAUCCGCAGAUGGAAGGCGGUUGGAAGCGGCUACCAGCAGUGGCGGCGGCAGCAAUGGCGGCCACCAGUUGCCCACGUCGUCGACCAUGCAAAUGGAUAGCAAUCAAGCGUUGAUCACCGGUACGCACAAUCUUCACCUGGGCCACCACCCGGGUCUCACCAUCCACGCAAACUCUACAUCGUCCUCCCUCAAUCGAUAUUCGCCGAGCUCCCUGUCGCCGGAUGAUCACGGUUGCUCCCAGAGUGGCUCCCUCAGCCCCAACUCUCAGGGCUCGAGGGGCUAUCGGUCGCUGCCUUAUCCGCUCAAGAAGAAAGACGGCAAAAUGCAUUACGAGUGCAACGUGUGUUGUAAGACUUUCGGUCAGCUGUCGAAUCUUAAAGUGCAUCUCAGGACGCACUCCGGCGAGAGACCGUUCAAAUGCACUGUGUGCACCAAGAGUUUCACGCAGCUUGCACAUCUGCAGAAGCAUCAUCUUGUACACACCGGAGAGAAACCACAUCAGUGCGAGAUAUGUAAGAAGAGGUUCAGCUCCACCUCGAAUCUAAAAACCCACCUUAGACUGCACUCUGGUCAAAAGCCAUACGCUUGCGAUCUUUGCCCCGCCAAAUUCACCCAAUUCGUCCAUCUCAAACUGCACAAGAGGCUGCAUACGAAUGAGCGGCCCUAUACCUGCCAAGGUUGCGACAAGAAAUACAUUAGCGCGAGUGGUCUCAGAACCCAUUGGAAGACAACAAGUUGCAGGCCGAACAACAUCGAGGACGAGCUCGCGCUCGCGGCUGUUGGCUCGCCGACGUAUUACGAAUAUGGUCCCGACAUGAAUGUUGGCAACAUGCCGAAGGAAUGUGAGCUGGAGCACAUCGAUAAUUAUGACAGGCACGGAUCGACACAUGGUCCGCAUUCUACGUCUCUUCACAACUUAGAGAACUCCGUGGGUCGACCGAGCGUCAUAGAAACGUCCCAGCCGCAUAUUAUUGAAUGUACAUAAGCGACGAAAGAGGGAUAUGAACCCCUUUUUGCUCCGGCGCAAAGUGCAAUCGCGGAGAUAUAAGCGAGUUACUCGCGACUGACUGCAGGUACAAAUAAAGGGAAAAGCUUUUUCUCUCUCCAGAAUGGCAGCAAAUAAAAAGAAUAGAACUUUCGCUAAUUGUAAGUAUAGUGCCGCAUGUAAAAUCGCAAACUUCUUUUCGAUUUUGGUGAAACUUGAUAAAUUCGAGACAAAUGAAUAUCAUUUCGACGAGUUUUUUUUAGUCUCUGCUGUUUCUGUCUUAGGUUGAAAAAUGAAAAUCUUUUAAUUUCCUCUAAUGUUAUGUUAGGCUGAACAUAAUUAUUAUUUUUAUGUUUAUUUUUUAUUUUAUUGCGAUCGAAAUAGAAUAUUUUUGUAAAACCAAAUAAGAUUUUUUAUUACAUAUAACUUCUAUUAUAUAUAAUUCUCUGUUAUAUAUAAGUUUUUAUUAUAUGUAUACAUAUAUAAAUAUACAAAUCAAUCAUUUCACCAAAAUUCGAGGAAGAAAUUUAUGGAAAUUUUGUUGAAAAUUAAGAAAAUAUAAAUUUGUGAAGAUAAGAGAUCGUCUGAUUACGUAACAGAAAUUGUUCAAUCGAUCGAUCUAAUAAUCACCGACCCGGAACAAUCUAUGUUUUUAGCGGACACUUCGAACUUUGUUGCUUUAGUAGCGAGGGCAAGAACGUAAUAAGAAAGGAUAAAAGAGAAAAUGGAUUUUCCCGUGGCUUGUCGAUGAAGUUUUUGUCUAGAAGUGCGCAUAAAGUUCCUUCCUUGUAAAUACUCGUUUCUAUAUUUUUUCUAUCGUAGUGUUAUCAACGAAGGGGGGAGGGGAAAAGUGAUGUUCGAAGUAGUUAGGCUUAAUCAUUCGAUCGACGCAUGACAACUUCGUAAUGCUGCCAUUCCGGAGGAGAGAACAGAAAGAUAGAAGGAUCACGUAAGCGAUAGUACCAAAGUCGUGCGGGUUUCUCGAUUAUCCUUCCACGAUGCAUCCUAAAAAUGCACGUUGAAGAUGCAUUAUAGUAGCGAAACAAGUUUCUAAUAAUAUGCUGUCUUCAGUUGACUUGAAUCAAUUGAAAACACUCUACACUUCGACACAUCGAUUAUAUAUUUUAUCUAUUUACGAAAAAUUGUUAUAUAAUUUUGACAUGACUGCUGUGCAGUACCAAUUUUUGAUAUUGAUGAGAUACCAACAUCGCAAUGAUAGUCGUAGCAUAAAAAAUAGUAAACGUUCGAUUCUCGAUUAGUCAGAAACAGUAAAAACUAAAGGAAUCCGUUGAAAUUAAAAGAAAAUUCUAUCUCGAUGCGAUCUUCAAUGUGCUGAGGCUUAGGUCGACGUGUAAAAUGGCGGAUUUUGUCGGCACCCGCCAUCGUGUUCGGCUAAUGCGCGAGUAACAAGGAGCAACAACAAGAAUAAGCUACCGAGCAAUUCAGUGACGACACGACUGCAACUAUACGAGACCUGUACCUGUAUAUACUAAUAUUUACUAUUAAUUAUUCAGUAAUUUAAAGACAAAGGUAAUAUAGGAGCUCUAAUUUAUGAAUAUCUUUAUAUACGUAUAUACAUAUAUACAUACAUAUACAUAUAUAUAUGCGUAUGUGUAUAUAUAAAUAUAUAUAUCUACGUGUAUAUACAUACGUGUGUACGCGUGCAUACGCGUGUACGCACACGACACUGUCGCGUACAAGCACGUGCAAUCGCACACAUCGUCGUCGAUUAGCGGACGGUAAACUGCGCUCUACGGUAACUCGUCUUUUGCGCACGAAUUUUCUUAAGAAUUAGAUAAUUUAUUAUUGGCGCGUAUAUAGGAAAAAAUAGAGCUUCGGAACUGUCGACGCGCAUUUCCGCUUUAUAUGCGCACGGCUUUGCCUAGGUGCUUUUUCUUUCAGAAUCCCUGAAAAAGGGAGGCUUUAGAUUCACUUAUGUCGUGUUAAUGUUUAUCGAAAUCGAUUUACCUCAUCGGGAAUUCGUCUCCUCGUCGGUAUGAUGAUAGCAUAACGACGAUGAGUUUCUCUUGUCGGGCUUUAAUCGCGGAAUGGAACGAUGGAAAUAACUGUACAUCGAACGAUCACGCGCUACACACUAUUUUUUAAUCGCGCUUGUACGUUAUUUCUUCUUCUUCUACAUAUAACUCUUAACUUUCAUUUUUCGAUUAAAACACGCAGUAACUGUACAACGCGACCAAUUCCUUGCACGCACAAUUUUAUAGAUCGGUUCUCUCUUCAACGCUCAAUAAUUAGAAGAGGAUGGAUUCUGCAAAUUAAAUUUCGAUCGCAAAAAAUGCUUCGUCUCUGCUUCGUUAGGGCGGAGAAAUGCUUCUCCGUUUCAGCUUUAAUCGAUCAAAAUUUAAAAACGAACGAGACAGAAAAGUCGAUUGUAAGAUCGGAAGUAACGAGAUAGAGAAUCUAGUCAAAACGUAACAAGGGCGAAUUUAGAAAUCGUCGGCGUCUCCGAGGAAGGACCCGUGUUUCGAAAUCGGAUUAAGUUUACGCGAUUAAGGCAAUCUGCCAGGAGACUAUUUCGGGAGCGCGCAAAUAAUCGAUUCUUCGGUCGCAUCGUGCUUCCUGUACAUAGCGCAGAAAGUGAAAGCUAAAACGAUUAAUCAUUUAUAACAGGUGAUCGUGCCCAAGAUACUGUUAUCUUUCUUUCGCGCAUCUUCCAUUGAUUUUACGCAAACUUCGAUCAAUUUCGCGCUUCCAUUAAACGCCAAGCUAGGUCGAGCGAACUACGCCAUCGAGCGCAGUUUACCGUACGCAUACAAUACAAAUCAUCCUUACUGAACGGCGAUUUCCGGGGACUUUGCUCUUGGCAAACGACAGGAAGGAGAGAAGGGCGGAAACGAGAAUUUUUUUAAACAAACGGUAAAAGAGAACCUUUUUUUCUUCAAGCGAGGUUGCAACCCCCCGAUUCGCCGUUCCGUAACGAUGUAAAUCUAAGAAGGAACGUAUCGCAGACUGAUAUACAUACACGGCUAUCGAGCGUCUAUGAGAUUCCAAGGAGUUACGUGCAUCGCGAUACGAUUCUGUACGAAAAGAGAGAGAGAGAGAGAGAGAGGGUGCGAGAGAGAGAGAGCGAGCGAGAGAGUGAACGAUCUUCAAGAACGCAGGAGCGCGGACUGUUAAAAUAUAACGCUGUUGCUCUAAAUUUCGGCUUCCUUCGCAGAAUUUUCUGAGGUGACGGUUCCGUAAAGAUCUUUUGUUCGCAUUCAGCUAUUGAAAAAUCCAAAGAAAUCUACAGUUUCUCCAACGAGUCCGGUUUUUCAUCUUUCGGGACAUGACGCGAGGAAUGCAACUCUUUACACACUUCUACCGAAAUUGCUCUCAUGUGUGCGCAAGAUCUUUACAGAACAGAUGAUCCUCGUUUCUCCAUCCCCUCGAGAGUACCUACCGUACUAUUCACCAUCUGUCGAACAGGACACCAUCGAACAGAUCACUCGGAACGAAGUGAUUUCUCCUCGACUCCCGGCGAUCGUUUCGUUAGUAAGUUCGAAGCGUGCGAGCUCAACUCGUGAGAAAAGUGCGCGACGCAUCGCAGAAUCUUUGAUUCGCUGAUCGUACCUUAAUAAAUCAGGCAACGCAGACAACUCACGAACAACUCGCAGCAAUGUCCUACGCAAAAAUAUGAAAAAAGAUCUCUCAAAAUUCAUUAAUGAUAUCGUAUUGAUAAUUUGUUGAUCGACGAUAACGGAAUUGUCUUCAGUCAAAGGCGAUUACGCGAUAUUUUCGACAGUGACGUUCCUCUUCCGUGAAGACGAGUAUCCAUUCUAAGCACGGAAUUUGCUGCAAUUCAUCCGCGAUUUGUCUGCGAUUGCCUGUACCUCGGGAGCAUCAUUGCGAGUAACGAAAAGAAGAAAGAGAUCCUUGCAGGCGUUGUAAGCGUGUUUCGAAUCGCGGGAGCUAAUACAGCGAGAACUGGGAAGUCAGAGAGCGCGCGGCGACUCCGCGGCGCCGUAGAGUUGGCGGAGGUGACGAAGAGAGACCAUGUAAAUACCUAAACGAUAUGCUGAAAGUAGUGAAGCGUCGAAUGAGGAGCGACGUGCGACGAGCGACUUAACCGCCUCGAGAACAAACAAGCAAUAUUUAGUUCUUAUCGUCUCGUAAUAACUUAAAAAAAAAGAAGCGAUUUUCGACUCGUACCGUGACACGUGGUGCGCACGCCACGGCACGGCAUGCAGACACGCGCGUUACGCGUGUACACGCUCGUACGUAUUUAAACGACUAUAAAUUAAAUGUUAAUUAUCCUUACACUUCGUAUAUAUAUACAUACAUAUAUAUACAUAGUGAAAAUUGUUACGCAUUUAUUAUCAUUACAAUUAUUGAGAUAGGUAAUGCUCAAUUAGCAUUUGUUUCUUAAAAUAAAGAAUAAAUAUAUGGCUGUUGGAUAUU